AUGAUUUCAUCCGCGGAACCGACGGAGCAGCAACUCGAUGAUAUCAAGGAAAUGGCCACGGUUCAAGGUACUACGCAACAGAUUCUGAUGGGCCCGAAGCCAACGGGCGAGGCCACUUCCAAAGACGGGAAGAAAAAGAAGAGCCGUAGGAGCAAGAAAAGGGCGAGUGGAUUUGAGGAGUACUAUUGUGACCCGCCAAUAACUCCCGAGGAGCAUGCUGAAGAGAAAAACGUACUUUACCCUCCUCACCGUCCAUUUGUUGAUCGCAUUGAGGAGUGCAUUCAGCGAUUCAGAGCUCGUCGUCGCCUGGACAACCGCAGGGAGCAUAUCUUUUCGCAGUAUCUCAUGCUGGGCGGUAUCGAUGCUACCGUUCGUCAAUUCCAGAGCUCUCGGGAAAUUACCGAUGAGACAAUGGAAAUUACAGGAAAGUCGCUAGUGCGUGAGAUGACGGCCGACGAUGUCAUCAACCGCGCCGGCGAAGGUGCAUAUAACCAUCGAUUCUACAAUCCCAGAUACCCUGAACACUGGGAUGUUGACUUCAGCGGAAUUGUGGCCGGCUUUUUCUCUGAGCGAUUCCGUGCCAUAUGUGGCACGGACGUUGGUGUUCUUGCCGACGCCGCUGAUGUCAUCACCAACUUCCUUAACUAUGUUGAUAGCCAUGAUGUUUGUCCAGAGUAUCGAGAGGACGUUAGAAAUGCUCGAAAGGUAUGCAAACAGGCCCGUGAGGAGCUUCCGGCUAUAUGGGAAGCGGUAUCGCUGCUUCCCGGAGAGUUCAACACUGCACUGAGCACUCUCUAUUGCUGCGAUGAGGAAGUUGGCUCUUCACUGGGACCUAGUGGGCUAUGCACUACCAAUCGCAAACAAGCAGAGAUUUACAAGGCUGCAACGAUUACCAUUAUUCUUGGCCCGGACUAUGCGAAGGGUACUGGCGAGUGGUUCGUAACAGACACGGUCGAGCAAGAUUUCGAGAUCUGUGAGAUCAAAUCCCCUAGCACAGCUGCGCUGGCCAACUACAAACGCCUGAACGACUAUUUUAAAGAACGUCUCGCAGACUCUGUUUCCGAGAUCAAGCCCUGCGGGACCAUGGUUGUCCAGCCAGUGUCUGUGCGGGAUGGCUGGGACAAUAGUGCGUCCGAGACUGUUAUGCUUAAGGGUGCUGGCAGAUCUUUUUUCAUCCUAGAACAGGACAUCCUGGACAAGCUUGGGGUUGGCAUGAAGUUGAAGAUGGAAGUGUGCACAUUGAACGUGGGACUCAAGUUCAUUAAGUCCAUCACUGACAUCAGGCCCACCUUCUACGUCUUCCUUCCCCAGGAGUUGAUGUUUGGAUACAAAGAUCCGGCCCCAAAUAAGCGGCCAGCGCCAAGCAUCCACGACGAUGAAGCUGACGACGAUGCGGGGGAUAAUGAUGACUAA